AUGAACAAAAUAGAAGAAAGCUUCAAGAUGGCACCGCUACAACCGGCAGUGCUCAUGCGGUACCUGGAUGAUUACUUCACACUUUGGUCACAUGGAAGAGAAAAAGUGGAAGAAUUUCUGAAGUUUGUAAACCAGAUUGAUGAAAAAAUGCAAUUCACGAUGGAAGUAGAGGAAGGUGAGCGGUUACCGUUUUUAGACGUUGAAGUGAUUCGCUCUAAUGGGACGCUCAAAAAGAAAUUGUUCUGA